AUGAGUUCUAACACAAGCUCUCUCUUCGGAGGAGGAGCCAGCAGUUUCGGGUCCACAACAAACCAACGCCCAAACUUGUUCGGCUCAACCAUCAACGCGCCCAGCACCUUUGGAAACACCUCGACUGCACCGGCACAGAGUACCCAACCCUCUUCCUUGUUUGGGCAGAGUCAGGCCCAGCCCCAGCAACCAGCUCAAUCCUCUUCCUUGUUUGGGCAGAGCCAAGCUCAAGCUCAGCAACCAGCUCAAUCCUCGCUAUUCGGUCAGCCCCAGCCGCAGGCUAGCACCGCGCAAGCCCCAGGACAAGCCUCGACUCAAGGGACCCAGCCGGCAUUCUUCAACAGCCUCUUGGAACGGGGUAAGAAGCGGCCACUGUCUGCUACUGUGCAGAGCGGCAACUUCGAAGAUGUUCCCAGUCUUCAAUUGGGCCUGGAUGACAUUCGGAGAAAGGCUAGGGAACUAGGCACACCCGGAACCAAGGACUCUCUGCAGAAAGGCACGGCUACCAAGGCUCAUUAUCUCCUCGCCUCCUCGGGCGUUUCCCCCGGCGGGCGCUGCGAGACCUCAGAUCUCUAG